AUCGCCAAAGAGAAAAGGGUAGAAACUGGUGAGACAUUUCGACGGAUUUGCUUCACAACAUGGAUAUCUGAUUUUUGGUGACAUUCUAACAUUAAUGCUCGAGUCAGACGUUUUCCAGAUGGAUUAAUGCUUUAUCAUUGCGCUAUAUCAAAAUCGGACAUCGUGAUUAGGCAUAUACAUAAGCUGAAGAAACAGCACAGCAGUUGCGGACAGAAAUGAAGACCUUAGAGGAGCCUGCAUACCUGACUGUCGGCACUGACGUGAGUGCCAAGUACCGCGGGGCGUUCUGUGAGGCCAAGAUUAAGACUGCCAAGAAACUUGUCAAGGCCAAGGUAACUUUUAAGCCAGACUCAUCCACUGCUGAGGUGCAUGACGAGCACAUCAGAGGAAAUCUGAAGGUGGGUGCUGUGGUUGAAGUGAAAAACCAAGAUGGAAUCUACCAGGAAGCUACCAUCAACAAGCUCACAGAUGCUAGUCUGUACACAGUUGUUUUUGAUGAUGGUGAUGAGAAAACCCUGAGACGUUCAUCUCUGUGCCUUAAAGGAGCACGUCACUUCGCUGAGAGUGAGACACUUGAUAGGCUUCCCCUGACCAAUCCUGAGCACUUUGGCACUCCUGUAAUUGGGAAAAAAGGCAACCGUGGACGUCGUUCUAAUGCCAUACACGAGGAAGAAUCCUGUUCCUCAUCCAGUGAAGAAGAAGAGGAUGGAGACCCACAACAGAAUGAAGAACUUUAUGGCAAGGUGGUGUGUGUGGAAGGUGUUGCUAUUGGAGAUAAAAAGAAGACAUUGUGGUUUCCUGCCCUGGUUAUCUCACCGGAUUGUCAUGAAGAUGUCAUGAUGAAAAAAGACAGCGUGUUUGUCCGCUCAUUCAAGGAUGGGAAAUUUCAUAUGGUUCUGCGGAAAGACGUAAAGGAACUUGAUUGUGAAAUGGACCUGAAAACAGAAGCCAGCCUCAAGGCAGCGCUAAAUGCAGCGUGGGAUUUCCAGUGCCAUGGUACCGUGCCUAGUGCAUGGAGGACUGAGGUUAAGGAUGAAAGUUCAAGCAGUGAAGAAAAUGAUGAGGAGGAAGAAGAGGUGCAGGACGAUGGUGGCAGUAGCGAUGAGGAAGAGGAGGAGGUGGAGCCCUUCCCAGAGGAGAGGGAGAAUUUUCUCCAACAGCUUUAUAAAUUCAUGGAGGAUAGAGGCACACCCAUCAACAAAAGACCAGUGCUGGGCUACAGAAACUUGAACCUCUUUAAACUUUACAGACUGGUGCACAAACUUGGGGGAUUUGACAGUAUUGAGAGCGGAUCUAUCUGGAAACAAGUCUAUCAGGAUUUGGGAAUCCCUGUGUUGAACUCCGCUGCAGGUUACAAUGUCAAAUGCGCCUACAGAAAGUAUCUUUAUGGUUUUGAGGACUACUGCACUUCAACUGGAAUCACAUUCCGCAUGGAUCUCCCAUUUAAAGCAACAGGGAGUUCUCACACAGAUAGCAGUAAAGAAGGACCAGCAGAGAGAACAAAUGUUGUGGAGCCAACACCUGAUCCAGAGACAUCACUAGGCACAAAAAAUAUUGUCAAGGAGGAGAAAUCAGAAGAAGCUGAACCUUUUAAGAACAAAGUGAACAUCAGAAGCCUGAAGAAAGAAGACUAUAGUGAUGAGGAAGAUAACGGUAUUGAUGAAGAGUCCCACAAAUUCAAAGCUGCACCCACAGAAGAUCCAUGCCCAGAGAAUGUGAAGGCAGAACCAUGUAAGGACCAGAACAAGGAACUGUUACGGAAUGACAGCAGUCAGGAGUGGGAGGAAGGGGAGGAGUAUGAGUGUUACCCCCCUGGGAUGAAGGUGCAGGUGAGGUAUGGGAGAGGUCGCAAUCAGAAGACGUAUGAAGCCACUGUGAAAGAGUCAGACCUGGAGGGGGGAGAGGUGCUCUACCUGGUACACUACUGUGGCUGGAAUGUCAGGUACGAUGAGUGGAUUAAGGCCGACAAGAUUGUCCGACCAGCUAAUAAGAAUGUUCCCAAAAUAAAGCAUAGGAAAAAAAUAAAGAACAAAAUUGAAAGUGACCAAAUAGAGAGUUUAAAUGACAGAGAGGACCUUCAUCCUACAAACAGUGGCAUCAACAGAUCCUCAAAACCAGUUUCUGGCAAUAAUGUUUUUCCCAAAACAGAAGAAUUUAACGAUGCAGGUGGCCAGAAGAGUUCUGUUAAAUCUCUCAAGAUCACUUCUAAUGUUGGUGACCUUCAAGCACCUGAGAACUCCACAGAUUACAGCAAACCUGAGCAGGAAGAGGAAGGUGAACAUAAUAAUGACUGCCCAGCAAGCCAGCAAAGUCAUCAGAGAGGACCUUCUCCCGAACACCUUUAUACAGCCCUACAAUGGGAAACUGAGCAAUCUAGUGAGGAACACAAAGAUUCAGUAAGUUUGGACACUCCAGAGAUCUCAUCCACCCAAUACAGUCCAGAAACAAAACAGUUAGUAAGAGAGGGUGAGACCUUGAGCACAAGGAGAAGAAAAGCUGAUGGAGCGACUGAACGUACACAUAAAAUCCAACGAAAAGGUAAAACCCGGGGAAGCAAAUUAAGUGAUUGGCUGUCAGAAUGUUCACUUAAAAAGCUGGAAGACAGAAACAUUGAUUCACGAGAAGAAGGCAUGCAGUCCAGUAGCAGUUCUGAGGAUGAGGGUGGUCCUCUUACAGAAUCGCAGGACAAGGAAGAGCUACUGAUGCACCACAAAGCAAAGAGCACACCCUCCAAAAUGUACAACGGACUAAAGGAAAAGGCCAAGUGUAGCCAGUCAUCUGCAUUCUGGGAACUUACUGACAAGCGAGCUAAAAUUACAUCUGGAAUGGAUGACAGGACUCCUGGAUGCCGUACCAAAGGCCAGAAGGAUGUAUGGUCCAGUAUUCAGGCUCAGUGGCCUAAAAAGACUCUGAAAGAGUUGUUCUCUGAUUCAGACACUGAAGCUGCCAAUUCUCCUCCUCCAGUGGUACCUGGCCUGAGUGAACCCGAGCAGAAAAAUGAAACACCUGAGGACCCACAGGAGAGCCUAGAGAAGAACCAGGAGUAUCCCAGUAGUGGAAGUAACUCCAUUCUCAACACACCACCCACAACUCCAGAGUCUGCUGAGGUCUUGCGUGAGAUGCACUCAUCCUCACCUCCACCUCAGAGAUCUGUCUUGGCAUUCUGCUCUCCAGCCACAUCUUCUCCAUCUGAGCCUUUGAUAGAAGAAUGUGUUGGGGGACGCAGCGAGUCUGACACAAGCACAGUUGAGAUGGAUAUUGUAAGCUGUGAGUUUCACAUGCUGCCCCAGGAAGAGCAGUCAGGAUCGCUUUCCAAAACUUUUGAUGCAAAUCUGUCCAGCAACAGCAGCUGUAGUCUGAGUCUGAGCAGCAGCAGUCAGCAGGAAAGUGAACAGAAAUCCAAAGUCUCAUCAUCGAAUCAGAAGCGGCAUAAAGAAUCCCAAGGAGGUGGAGCAUCAAAGAAACACAAACAAAGUCACAAGACUCUGACCUUGCACCCUAAAAAGAACCACAAAACAGCCAACAGCAGUGACAGUGAUGACCAAUGUCUUAGUGAGAGCGCUGCCAAAUCACUUAUGUCCAAAAGCAACACACAGGACAUGAAGGCCAUAACUUCACCCAAGGGCUCUGCUCGGACACCCCCGGCCCAUAAAUAUCAUAAACAUGGCGACUCUGAGCAUCUGCAUCCCAAAGAACAAUAUAGCAGCAGUCGGGGUUCCCGCACGUACAAGUGGAGUUUUCAAAUGUCUGAUUUAGAAAAGAUGAGUAGCCUAGAGAAGAUUGCAUUCCUUCAGGAGAAAUUGCAAGACAUCAGGAAUCACUAUCUGUUGCUUAAAUCUGAAGUGGCCUCCAUUGAUCGGAGACGAAAACGUAUGAAGAAAAAGGAGCGGGAAAGUGCAGCAGCAGCUCUGUACUCAUCUUCUUCCUCACCAUCAUCCAGCUCACUGACAGCAGCUGUUAUGUUGACCCUCGCUGAGUCCACAGUCCCCUCACAAAACACUGGGGUUUCGCUGGAGUGCAGGUGAUGAGAAAGGUCUUCUUAUAGCACACGGCACUUAACCAGCACGCAGCUAAGCCUUCGUCAUUCUUCCCGUACUAUGGGACAGAUCUAACUCUGAUUAAUAGAGUCACCGUACAUAAAUCCCCAAGGCACAAAGAAACUGAAACGAUUCAUGAUGGAGCCAGACAACAGGAGGCACUGUUUUUUUUAUCCACAACUGUUCAUCUACAAGCUAAAUGCACUCAAGUGUACUUUUUUGUCUGAUGAACUGGGUUGAAUAAGGCAUCAGAAUAUACACAGCAGUCUUUUUACAUGUUUUAAGUUCUGAGCAAUAAACAUGCCCAUGUAGAUUAUAUCCUUUCUGUGAAGUGGCAACAACACUGCAUUUAUAGACUGGAAUAACAGCGGCUUAGUUAUUUGUGUCUGUCUAUUCUUUUAAGACAAGAAUGUCUCCCAGUCCUGCAUUUAUAGAUUAAAUCAAUUGUGGUGCUCUGUAAAAAUGUAUCACGCUCUUAUGCAAUGCGCUUUACCUUUAUGUUUUUAUUGAAAACGUUCCUACUCAACUAAAUGGUUUGGUCUGCCAUUCCUUGACCAGGAAAAGGCUUACCAUGAUGUAGAUCUUUAUUUAUAAUGAGAAAUGUGUAUCUGUAAAAUACUGAACUUGCCUCUGGUGUUUCCCUGUUGUUCUAUAACUUACAGGUCUAUACUGGGUGCCACUAGUAUGGAAUCACAUGCCUUUGUAAUACAUUUGUAUAUUGAGAGGUGUGUUUUAAGGUGACAUAUUUAAUAUAUUGCACUGUUAAUAAUAUACUACUUUUGUACAGUUUAUACUUUUAAAUGUAUUGUCUGUGUAUGAUUGUGGUAUUUUUUCCCUUUUUUUAGGUUUAGCUUUUUUUUUGUUUGUUGUUUUUUUAAUCGCCUUUUUGUGGCACAGUUUUUAGUUUUAGACUUAGUUUUUAUAUUGGUUUACAUGUCGUUCCUUUUUGCUUUUUUUCUUUUAGUUAAAAUUGUGCUCGGCUUUUUAAUGUGAAUUUAUAGUAUUUUCCAACCUGUACAUGGACUGUAAAGUUCUGAGACCAUGUAUAACAGAGUGUGAAUGUGACAAAUUCAGUUGUAUUUAUCAGGUACAUCAGAGGAUGGAAAUUGUGUAAUUUAUUGUACAAAUGUAAGCAAAACACAAGUUUUAAAUAAAUGCGAAUAGUUUGCAA